AUGAGGGCCGGGUCGGGGCCCGCCGAGCCUCCGCGGCCGCCGCCGGCCUUCCCCGCGGCCUUGGUGGUGCUGCUUCUGCUGGGCGGCGGCCCGGCCAAGGCCUCCGCGGCGGCCUCCUGCCACCACCGCGUCCCCAGUGCGGAGGAGGUGAUCUACAAAGUUUACCUCAAGCAAAAUCAUGUUACGAAGAGAAGCGUUGAUGGGCAACUGAGAAUUAAGACUAUAUAUGAUGGAAGCGUUGAGGAACUGCUUCCUGAAAAAAGGCACCUUAUAAAGAAGUGGAAAGUGAACAAGUGGAAAGACAUGCCACUUCCGUCUCACAUUGACCCCCUAGGUCACUUGAUCAGCAACAAGCUGAUGCAAUUAGUUGAAUCACAGCCAAAGAUUCUGAUUGGUCAAGAGCUCAGGCCAACUCAGCAUCUUUUUGGCAUAAAACAUAAGCUUUUUCCACAAGCUAUUUCUUAUUUGGAGAAGACAUUUCGAGUCCGGAAACCUACUGGUACUAUUUUACUAAGCAGACAGUGUGUAACAAACCAAUACAUAAGGAAGAAAGAUGACCCACACAGAUAUUGCCGUGGAUCCUGUGCGGAAUUUACAAGGUGUGGUCCAGUUAUAGUUCCUGAAGAACACCUCCAGCAAUGUCGGGUAUGUAGUGAAAAUGACUGGCUUUGUGGACCUGCUGGUUUGCCAGACCAAGAAGGGGUUCAAGAUGCUGACUUCGUAUUAUAUGUUAGUGCUCUGACUACUGAAAGAUGUGGCCAAGAAAAUAUUAUUGCAUAUGCAGCAUACUGCCAACUAGAAGCAGAUAUGGACAGACCAAUUGCAGGGUAUGCCAAUCUCUGUCCAAAUAUGAUUUCAACCCAACCACAAGAGUUUGUUGGAAUGCUGUCUACAGUAAAACAUGAAAUCAUUCAUUCAUUGGGUUUUUCGGCUGGUCUGUUUGCUUUUUAUCAUGAUGAUGAUGGAAAUCCGUUGACUCCUAGAUAUGCAGAGGGAGUGCCAGCCUUCAAUGAAAGCCUUGGCUUGUAUCAGUGGAGCAAUAAAGUUGUGCGUAAUGCAGUAAGAUUAUGGGAUGUACGGGGCAAUAAGCUUCUACGUCAUAAUAUAUUUCUACUGAUAACUCCUAAAGUAGUUGAAGAGGCCCGAAAACAUUUUGACUGCCCCAUUCUAGAAGGAAUGGAGCUUGAAAAUCAAGGUGGCAUGGGCACCGAGCUCAAUCAUUGGGAGAAACGAUUGUUGGAGAAUGAAGCAAUGACUGGAUCACACACUCAGAACAGAGUGUUCUCCCGAAUCACUUUGGCUUUGAUGGAAGACACUGGCUGGUAUAAAGCCAACUACAGCAUGGCGGAAAAACUAGACUGGGGCCAAGGUAAAGGCUGUGACUUCGUGAUGAAGAGCUGUAAGUUUUGGAUUGACCAAAGGCGGAAAAGGAAAGAAGGUGUGGCCCCAUAUUGUGACACACUGCGGAAUAAUCCAUUGCAGCUAACUUGCCGGCAGGACAAAAGGGCGGUAGCUGUGUGCAAUUUACAGAAGUUCCCACAGCAGCUGCCUCAAGAGUAUCAGUACUUUGACAGUCUAGAUGGAGUAAUGCCAGAAGAGCUGCCUUAUUAUGGGGGAUCAGUAGAAAUUGCUGACUUCUGUCCUUUCAGCCAAGAAUUCAGCUGGCACUUAAGUGGUGAAUUUCAGCGCAGUUCAGAUUGCAGAAUAUUAGAAAACCAACCAGACCCUUUCAAAAACUAUGGUGCAGAGAAGUAUGGACCAGAUUCUGUGUGUCUUAUUCAGGAGUCGGCAUUUGUAAUGGAACAGUGCAGAAAGAAACUUAGUUACCCUGACUGGGGUAGUGGAUGUUACCAGGUUUCUUGUUCUCCCGGAGGGCUGACUGUUUGGGUCAAGGACGUGGCAUACUUAUGCAGUCACUCAGGUCAAGUGUUGACUGUAAAUAUUCAGAUGAAUGGAUGGGUACAUAUUGGAAAUCUAAUAUGCCCAGCAUGUGCAGACUUCUGUGAUUUCUGUCCACCUGAGCAGGACCCUCUUCCAGUUGCUAACUUAUCAAGAGUCAAACCUAUUGAUUUGUGCUCCUGUUCUCCCAGCCUGGUAGUAACCUUAUGGCUACUGAUGGCAAACUUACUUCCACUCCUGGCUGGGUUUCUUCUGUGUGCAUGGAGUUAAACUGUGCUCCCAAGUUCCCGUACAGUCACAUUGCAUUCCUAGAAUGCGCUGCAACAGUGCAGCAUCUCUCAAAGGCA